AUGAGCUGGUCAUACAGUGGAAAAGCUUCAGGCUCCACUCGAUGGUUGCUGGUCGGGGGUCUGGCAUUUUUCUACAAAUUUGCAUUUCUACUCUGUCGUCCGUUCUUCAACGCUGAUAUAUCGAACAUGGACGGCAGGCAAGGCAUGAGGUCGCAAGACUUCACCAGUGGGGUGCCGCCCACGUCAAAUCAGCAACGGCAAGUCAACAUCAACGCUACGGUGGCUACCGUCCUUGCGAGCAGGACGGCAUCGAGGACGACGUCGUACGAUGAUGGAAGUGAUGCUAGUGCCAAUGAGGAGCCAGAGCAGCGAAGACCGCAGGAGCCGCCCAUUUACAUGAGAGAACUCUUCGCACCACCAAGGGAAUUCCAAGCUUAUACUGCCUACGAUGGCGUGGCCGGAUGGCCGGCCGAUGAUCGUGGCGGACAAGCACAGCGACCGUCACUGCCAGGAUUCGUCCACGGCAGCGUUGCGCCUCCGGUCGGGCUACCGCCCUUGGAACCAACGAUUCCCGCGCCAUCGAUGUUGGAUCACUCCGAAUAUCCUCGCGGCAGUGCUCCACAGCUGACAACUACCCUCGCCAACAGCACUCCUAGCCUUCAACCGCCGAGGCAACCACAGCGCCAGCUGCCACCCUUGAGCUCUCUGGGCUUCCCGAGGAGACGCGCAACCACAAGCCCAGAGACCGACAGCCCACCCAUUAUUCGGAAGCGUCCAAGACUGUCCCUCAUCCCUCUACCCACCUGGCCCUCCACCAUCGCCCCGAUUCCCCCAUUCGUCACCAUCAUCGCAGGCGCCGAUGAAACAUCCCAGUCCUUCUACGUCCACAGAGGUCACCUCCUCGCCUCCACCUCCAGAAGACUCAAACGCUUGCUCCGCGAGCCAAAUUCAUUCCUCAUACGCGUCCCUAGCAUCGGGCCAUCAGCCGUGGCGGUGUACAUCGACUGGCUCUACAACAACAACAACAACAACAACAACAACAACAACAACAACAACAACAACAACAACAACAACAACAACAACAACAACAACAACAACAACAACAACAACAACAACAACAACAACAACAACAACGUUACUUGUUUUGUUCUCCAUGCUCGCGAUGAGGUUGCUACCUGGAUGACUUUGGCGGAAGCGUACAUUGCCGGCGAACAUCUUCAGGACCAGAAUUACAAGGACUGUGUCGUUGAUGCUAUGCGGGAUUUGGCCCAGACUUAUGAGCCUUAUGGCACGAUCCGCUCCUGCGCUGCAGCGUUGGCUGCCGUUUUCUACGAGAAGCUAGAAUACACUCCAGUGCACGAGCUCAUGGUUGAUAUCGUGCGUCACUUCGAUACGGAGUGGCUGUCACUUUACCAUGGAGAGUUGCCGAAGCUGUUUUCUCAUCGAUCUGAUCUCGAGGAGCGGUGGUGGAGAUGUCUUCUUCGAGGAGGACUAUUUCUCUGA